UCAACCACAUUUCCUCGGUACAUUAUAUCACCUUCUCCACGGAUGGCAAGCGAAUCCUCAGCGGAGGUUCUGAUAAGAGUCUGAGCAUCUCAGAAUGGGACAUCCCAGAUGCUCUGCCAGAGAAACCUCUCGAUGCACAGAUGACAAACAAUGUUGCUUUCUCGUCUCUUCAUAAUCUCUUGUCGCGCAAGGACGCUUUGCAGGAGGACACUCCAAAGGAACAGUUGUCCCACAAGGUAAGACCGUGUUCAUGUCAUGUCCCUUCGUCUUCUUACCUUGCAUUAAGGAUGCUCUACGUUACGAACAGCUGCCCCAGCAGUGCGUCGAUGCUGACACAGAACGGGCUAUUCGUGUGGUCAUUGACACUCAACUCGAAAAUGCCCCGCUUCGUCUACUCCACACCACCACCGGUCUUUUGUGUGAUCGACAGUCACAGAUCAGCACUUUCAAAGCAAAUACGGAGUACCAGCAGCUUCUGCUGUUAAUCACCAACCUUCCGGACCUUCUUCCAGACCUCCGGGCGGAGCUGAUCAAGGAAGCGGUAGAGGUGUACUUCCGUUGUGUCAUGCUAUCCCAUAGGUGGGAAGGUAAUGAGCCGCAGCUGCACCACAUCAAGGACCGGGAUGUAUACAAGUUGGAGGCAGCUAGCGGCAUCGUGAAGUUGCAGUCGUUCUGCAAAGUGGCCCGUGAUGAGGGGUAUCACUGGGCAUGGAUUGAUUCAUGUUGCAUCGACCAAACUGACAAGGGGGAGGUCGAUGAAUCACUCAAUUCCAUGUUUACCUGGUAUCGCGACUCGGCACUCACCAUCGUCUAUCUGUCCGAUGUCCCGCCUUCAUCCAAGUCCGGCGCACUGGCGAAGAGCGCUUGGAAUACCCGAGGAUGGACUGUCCCGGAAUUCCUUGCUCCUAAAGUCAUUCGCUUCUAUCAACAGGAUUGGACCCUAUAUCUUGAUGUCCGCUCCCCUAACCACAAGGAUUCUCUAUUGAUCAUGCGGGAGUUGGGGAGCGCGACAGGCAUUGAUGCAGGGGCCCUUGUGGACUUCCAGCCGGGCAUGACAGGUGCCCGAGAGAAACUGCAAUGGGCAUCGAAGCGUGUCACUACGCGGCAGGAAGACAUUGCAUACUCGUUGUUCGGCAUCUUCGGCGUCCAGUUACCUAUCUUUUAUGGCGAGAAGAAGCAAAAGGCGCUCGGGCGGCUCUUGCAGGAGAUUGUGGCUCAGUCGGGCGAUAUUACUGCUCUGAACUGGGUCGGAAAAUCCUCCGAGUUCAACAGCUGUCUACCAGCGGACAUUUUCUCAUACCAAGCUCCGCCAUACGCACCUCCAUCUCUGUCCGAAGAUAACAUUCGGAGAUUGGUCUCGUCACUGCGAAAUGCCAUGGCCGUGGAGUCGGCUUCAAAUCUUUAUUCCCUGUUUAAGAACAUGAACCCUCCUCGUUUUGCGAGCCGCAGACUCCAGCUGCCUUGCAUGGUAUUCCGUGUGACUGAGGUCAGACGGACACCUGGUCAAGCCCAGGGGGCAUGCUUCACAUACGAAGUCGAGGCAGACGGACUUCGUGACCUGGUGGUCACCACGGAAAAUGAGCUCAUUGAGUUCUCGCGGGCAAGGCCCAUUCGGCAGACAUUCGUGCUCGUCCGCCCGUGGGAUCGUUGUCUCCUCGAGCUGCCUGAGCCGUUUGGACUUGAUUCGGAGUCCCACUCACGAGAGUUUCGAUUGAUGGUUCACCUUAGACAGCCUUUCGGCGCAUUGUUGCUGGCAGAGCAGCGUCGCGGAGAAUAUAAGAGAAUCGCAUCGGAUUACGAUAUCAUUGCACAAGUCAGAGACAUGGCUUCUAUUGACGACAUGAUGGACGUUAGGCGACUAGAGAUUUUGUAGUUGUAUCAUAUAGGCAUGUAGGAUGGAUAUCUGUUGCGUCAUUUUCAUCUGUACCCUGAUAGUACUUAAAUCUUUAAGACUGGUGCACGCUGUAUCUCAGUCAGGCAUCGAGGGAGGCCUUCUCUUUCUUCAGUGUCUUCUUAGGGUUUGAUGACCUUGCAUAGCAUCAGUAAAACGACCGGUUGCUUUUCUCACUUAAUUUGUCACUUAAUUAC